UUCGGCUUUCAACUUUGAACACCGGAAAUUUUUUCGGCCGAGAAGCCAAUUUUAAAUUUUAAUGGCCGCUAUCUUCAGUACACUUCUUUUCCUGCUCACUUUAUCAGAAUCAUAUGUUGGUAUCUUCAGCAUUGGAGUUGGGGUCAACUAUGGACGGAUUGCCAACAAUCUUCCAUCUCCAUCGCAAGUUCCAAACCUCCUUAAAUCUUUGAACAUAAAUAGAGUAAAAGUUUAUGAUUCCGACCCCAAAGUGUUGCAAGCAUUUGCAGGAACUGGUAUUAAGUUAAUCGUUGGUUUAGGGAACGAAUUCCUUCAAAAAAUGAGUGAUCCUCAACAAGCUCAAACAUGGAUCCAACAAAACAUACAACCUUAUCUUUCACAAACUAAAAUCACAUGUAUCAAUGUCGGAAAUGAAGUUUUAGGAGCAGAUGAUGGUCAAUCAGCAUCAUAUGAUUCAUAUCUUCUUCCAGCUAUGAAGACUAUGUAUGCAGCUUUAGUUAAUCUUGGAUUAAACAAACAAGUUUGUAUAACCACAGCUCAUUCGCUUAAGAUCUUGGCAAGUUCUUCGCCCCCUUCACAAGGGGUGUUUCGCGAAGACAUGGUUGAGUACAUAAAGCCGAUUCUUGACUUUCAUUCGCAAGUUGACUCGCCUUUUUUCAUCAAUGCUUACCCUUACUUUGCAUACAAAAGUGACCCGGACAAUGUCAGGUUGGAAUACACGCUUUUUGAACCAAACGAAGGGACAGUUGAUCCAAAUACGAAUCUAAAGUAUGAUAACAUGUUAUAUGCACAAAUUGAUGCGGUUUAUUCGGCUAUAAAAGCAUUGGGUCAUACUGAUGUUGAGGUCAAAAUCUCUGAGACUGGAUGGCCUUCUAAAGGCGAUGAAAAUGAAGCUGGAGCAACAGUAGAAAAUGCAGGAAUGUAUAAUAGAAAUCUGAUGCAAAGGAUGCAACAAGGGCAAGGUACUCCGGCCCGUCCUUCGCAGCCCAUUGACAUUUACAUUUUUGCCCUUUUUAAUGAAAAUAUGAAGAACGGUUCGACUUCAGAGAGGAACUUCGGGUUGUAUUAUCCUAGUGGCACUUUGGUGUAUGACCUUGGUGUACAAAGUUAUGCACUUCCAAGAAUGGACUAUUCAUCCUCACGUAAAAAUGUAAGUAACACAUAUGUUUUAGUUUUGCAAUGCGUAUCCAAAUUCCUAAUUGCUUAUAUGAUUAUUUGA